UUAAGGGGACGGAAGCGGCUGCCGUUUGGCGCACAUGAGUCUGGUGCUCGUCGCCAGCGCGACUCUUGCAUAAGGAAGAAAGCUGGGAGGCUUUUAAAGUUGGUUAAUUGCAGAUACUGUUUGAACCUGACUGCUCUUGUAUUUGUCACCAGUAAGAAAUCUUCUAGCAACCACCCCCAACCUCUUGACGAGUGAAAACAGAGUGGAGGAAAAAAUGAAGCUUCUGUUUUUAUUAGCCUUCGUGCUCCUGUUUCCUCAAAGCAAAGGGAACCCAUUAAGCAGAGACGAUGACGGCUACCAAAGAACAUUCGAAGACCUGAAGAGGGAAAUAGCUGGCUAUUCAGACAUUGCCAAGAAAAUUAUCGACCUUGCUGUUUAUGGCAGGGCCCAGAAUAGAUCCUACAAAAGGCUUGCGCUUUUUGUGGACACUAUUGGACCAAGAUUAAGUGGCUCAAAAAACCUGGAAUUGGCUAUCAAGUACAUGUAUAAAGCUUUGAGGAUGGAUGGCCUGGAAAAUGUCCAUUUGGAACCAGUAAAAAUCCCCCCCUGGGAAAGGGGGAAAGAGUCAGCAAUGAUGGUGGAACCUCGCAAUCACAGCAUUGCCAUUUUAGGGCUUGGUGGCAGCAUUGCAACUCCUCCUGAAGGCAUUACAGCUGAAGUCUUAGUGGUGGCCUCCUUUGGUGAGCUGCACCAAAGAGCUAAAGAAGCAAAAGGCAAGAUUGUUGUUUACAACCAACCUUAUGUCAGCUAUGGAGAAACCGUGCAGUACAGGGGACGAGGAGCUGUGGAAGCUGCGAAAGUGGGAGCGAAGGCAUCUCUUAUCAAGACUGUUGCUCCAUUUUCUAUAAACAGCCCACAUACUGGGAUGCAGUCAUAUCAGCCAGGUGUGCGCAAGAUUCCUACGGCAUGCAUUUCAGUUGAAGAUGCUGAACUGAUGGCACGCAUAUCUUCCCGGGGUAACAAGAUUAUUUUGACUCUGAAGAUGGAGGCCAAGACCUACCCUGAUGUGGAUUCCUUUAACACAGUUGCAGAAAUAGUUGGAAGCAAGUACCGAGAGCAGGUUGUGCUGGUCAGUGGACAUCUGGACAGCUGGGAUGUAGGGCAGGGAGCCAUGGAUGACGGCGGUGGAGCAUUUGUUUCAUGGGAAGCAUUAUCUCUCCUUAAGGAUCUUGGGCUCCGUCCUAAGAGAACUCUGCGCUUAGUGCUGUGGACUGGAGAGGAGCAAGGUGGAGUAGGAGCUGAACAAUACUACAAGAGGCACAAGGUUAACAUCUCUAACUUCGACAUAGUGAUGGAAUCUGAUGAAGGAACCUUCAUGCCAACUGGUCUGGCUUUCACUGGCAGUGAUAAGGCUCGGAAUAUCAUGAAGGAGAUCGUGAAAUUGCUGCAGCCUAUCAACGUUACAGGUGUCUUUGAAGAGGGCGGAGGGACAGACAUUAGUUACUGGAUACGAGAUGGGAUACCAGGUGCUAGCUUGCGUGAUGACAUCACAAGAUACUUCUGGUUUCAUCAUUCCCAAGGGGACACGAUGACAGUUCAGGAUCCAACUCAGAUGAACCUCUGUGCUGCUGUUUGGGCUGUUGUGUCCUACGUAAUUGCUGACAUGGAGGAGAAGGUGCCAGUUUAAUGUUGUUUUUGUAUUUUUAAUAGAACAAGAAAGAACAGUAAUCUUUUUCUACUGUAUAUCAGGAAUAUUUUUACUCAUGUGGCCUACAGUUGUCGUGAAAUUCUGUAUUCUCUUUUUGUUUCUCUUAUUUGAACUCAGAGCACGUCCACUGUAUUAUGCAGGCCUGUUUCUAUUUGCUGAUUUAAUACCUUCCACUUGAGAUGUUCGUUUUCUGCCACUUAUAUUAAAUACUUCUGUAGUUUGCUAUUGCUAGUCUCUGUUCAUCAGUGACAUAAGAGCCAUUGGUAAAUAAGUGAACCUGUUUAUCUGCUAGAUACUUAAAAUAAAUCUUUUCCA